ACAGAGAGAACCAAGUUGUUUGUGACAGACACGUCAAAAUUACCGAAAUAAUGGAUACCCAAAAAGGAUUUGCUGAAUGCGAGAUAUGCGAUGGACGAUAUAGAAUAUCCGCCAUGUUGCAGAAUAACAAAAAUAUGUUCUUUUGUAGGGAUUGUUUCAAAAAAAGCUUUGUUUCAGAAAACAAAAUGUUAGGUGCUGGUGAUGCAAAGACCGAAGUGCUGGCAAGUACCGAAACUAAAUUUAUUCCAAAACCCGAACAAUAUGUUCAAAAUCCUCAAGUUAAUUUAUUGCGUAACCGUCAGAGUAUGCUGAGCAUGAUGUCAUUAUCAAAAAGGCCACUUAAGUGCCCCAUGGCCGACUGCGGUCGCUUCGUCUCCGUCUGCACCUUAGAAUCCCACUUCAGGCACGAACACGACCAAGUGCCCACCAUCGGCGCCACCUUGGACGCGCGCUGUGCCUCGCGCUUCCACCCGCUCGACAUCCGCUACUGCAUCAUCAAGUGCAUCGUUCUGCUCAAACUGAAGAAGAACAAAUCGGCCAGCGUGUACAGGCAGAGUAAAUUAAAUUUACCCAAACUACCUUCAGAAGAUCAUGAACCAAUCGUCAUCGUCAUGGCAACCAGGAUCAGUAACGUCCAUCUAACUGAAAACCCUGAUGACGAAGAGACUACAGAAAACGAUGCUGAAGAACGAUACAGAGAUGACGAUAGUGAAGUGUUCAGUUCCAGUGAUAAAAUAAUGGUUUGGGUCGGCUCAAAUUUCAACACUAACUUGAAUUACACGGUUGCAGUGUCCACACUGGAUAAUAACAUAAGACAAAAAUAUUAUGGUCCAAUCAUGACGCUGAAUGAGAGUCCGACAAAAAUAUGUCAAGGAGGUCAGUGUUUGAUUUUGACGAACUUGCACUGUAACGCCAUGACAGAACAGGGUAAAAAACAACUUUUGCUUGAUGUUGUAAUACACAGUCCUUAAUAAAUAGUUAAAUUUA